UAGUUUAGCAUCUCAUUCAAAAGAAUACACACAUUUCGAUAGCUCGAAACAAAAUCGGAAAACAAAAUAUACAGUAAGACAUUCAAAUUAUAAAAAUGUCCUUUUGCAACUGGACUCGAUGCUGCCUGACGGGCAAACGAAUGGGCAUCUUCUCUCGCCAGCUAGUCCGCUGCAAGGCUGACUACUCAAAGACCAUUUGCAAUCUGAAGGUCAAUAAGGACACGAAGGUGAUGGUGCAGGGCUUUACCGGCAAGCAGGCCACCUUCCACUCCGAGGAAUCAAAGAAAUAUGGCACUCAGAUUGUUGGCGGGGUAUCGCCCAAAAAGGGCGGCACAACACAUCUGGAAAAGCCAGUGUUCAAGGACGUUAAGGAGGCGGUGAAGGAACUAAAGCCUGACGCAACAGUCAUAUUUAUACCGCCAGCCACCGCGGCCGAGGGUAUUUGUGCUGCCAUCGAGAAUGAAAUUGGUCUUAUUGUGGCCAUCACAGAGGGCGUUCCGCAAGUCGACAUGGUUCGCAUUUUAGAGAUGCUCAAUUGCCAGGAGAAAUCACGUUUAUUGGGGCCCAACUGUCCGGGAAUUAUAGCGCCGGAACAGUGCAAGAUCGGUAUCAUGCCUGGCCAUAUACACAAGCGCGGAGUUGUGGGCAUCGUAUCUCGUUCCGGCACCCUCACCUAUGAGGCAGUGCAUCAAACCACGAACGUUGGCUUGGGCCAGACCCUAUGCAUCGGGGUCGGCGGUGAUCCCUUUAAUGGCACAAAUUUCAUUGAUGCUUUGAAAAUCUUCCUGCCCGACAAGGAGACAAAGGCCAUUGUUCUGAUUGGCGAAAUUGGCGGCACCGCUGAGGAGGACGCAGCCGAGUAUCUUAAGAAGCACAACUCCGGCUGCGAAUCGAAGCCAGUGGUGGCCUUCAUAGCGGGCAUGACGGCUCCACCGGGACGUCGCAUGGGUCAUGCGGGCGCCAUCAUAUCCGGCGGCAAGGGUGCUGCCACCGACAAGCUGAAGGCCCUCAAGGAGGCGGGUGUGAUAAUUGCCCUGAAUCCGUGCCACAUCGGCACGCUGCUCCACACUGAAAUGGUGCGCAAAAAGUUAGUCAGCCCCAGCGCCAAGUCGGAGAAGUGCAAGAACUGAGCCUCCAUGUACGAGUUAAUACCAUUCAAGAUUCGCGAUUCUGGACACAAUUUAUAUUUAUUCAUUCCUAGUUUUCCAGCAAAAUCAUCAAAUUAUUAUCUCGUCAAACACUUUGGUUUCAACAAACAA